UUUUGUCAAAAAUAGACAUAACAUGGUGGAUCAGAGAAAGUGGAAGUUGUUUAUGAAUUACUUAGUUUUAAAUAAACAGUGAGUUUAUUAAAUCGGUAUUCGGAGUUAAUUCGGUUAUUACCCGCUAACUUUAAUAAUCAAAUAAAUAAUUUGCAUAAAAUGUAUCAGAAGAUAAUGUCAACAAUUAAGUAAUUAAAGUCGUAAUGGCAAGCCAUUUUUAAUAAAAUACUUUUAUUGAAAUUUGUGAAUGUGAUUAAUUUUUAUUGUAAAUAUCCAAUCAGAAUGUGCGGUACUUUCAAGAUUACUUUAUUUCUUUCUUGCUUUCUAUAUUUCUGUCAAAAUUUCAAUGAAAUUUUGGCUCUAAAAUGUAAGUGUGAUAUUUGCAAUAAAACAAAUUUCACAUGUGAAACUGAUGGGUACUGCUUUACAUCAACGUAUGUCAAAGGAGGGAAAGUGAAGUAUAGCUACAGGUGCUUGGGCAUUCCAAGUAUUCCCGAAAUUAUCGUGCACACGAAUAGAAGUAUACAAUAUUGCAAUGAUAGCAUACAUGACGCGCAAAAUAAUCCAGAAUAUACCGCAAUGUCUUCGUACUGUUGUAACGAUAGAGAUUUUUGUAGCAAUAAUGUCUUGUCAUUCAUAACAGUCACUGAAAAAACAUCGACGGAAUUUACUUCUUUGGAAAUUGCUGCCGCAAUUGUCAUCCCCACUUUAAUAAUAUGCAUAAUUAUCGGAGCAGCAUACUUUUUCCAUACAUCCCAUCAGAGAAGAGGAAUGCAUCAUCAUCUAAAACACGUUGAUGAUAGUAUAGAAGCUCCCGAUCACCCGAUACUCAACAAAGGUGUUAGUUUGAAACACAUGAUUGAAAUGACGACUAGUGGAAGCGGCUCUGGUUUACCUCUUCUGGUUCAAAGAAGUAUAGCCCGACAAAUUCAACUAGUUGAAAUAAUCGGACAAGGAAGAUUCGGUGAAGUGUGGAAAGGAAGAUGGAGAGGAGAAAAUGUCGCUGUAAAGAUUUUCAGUUCCAGAGAGGAGAGAUCUUGGUUUCGAGAAGCUGAAAUAUACCAAACUGUUAUGUUACGUCACGAUAAUAUUCUCGGAUUUAUAGCAGCUGAUAACAAAGAUAAUGGUACUUGGACUCAACUGUGGUUAAUAACUGAUUACCACGAACACGGUUCUUUAUUCGACUUUCUUGGAAGAAACACCCUGGAUAGCAGCGGGAUGAUACACAUGGCUCUUUCAAUAGCAACCGGCCUUGCUCAUCUACAUAUGGACAUAAUGGGUACGCAAGGAAAACCCGCCAUAGCACACAGGGAUCUAAAAUCGAAGAAUAUUCUCGUCAAGUCGAAUGGUACUUGUGCUAUUGGUGAUUUAGGUUUAGCAGUACGACAUGAUGUAACUACAGAUACUGUUGACAUACCACUUAAUAACCGUGUAGGUACUAAGAGAUACAUGGCUCCAGAGGUCUUGGAUGAAACGAUGAAUAUAGAUCAGUUUGAUUCGUUCAAAAGGGCGGACGUAUACGCGUUGGGUUUGAUAUUUUGGGAAAUCGCAAGACGUUGUAACGUAGGUGGUAUUUAUGAUGAAUACCAAUUACCAUUUUAUGAUGCUGUACCUCCUGAUCCUACGAUUGACGAAAUGAGAAGAGUCGUUUGUGUGGAUACGCAGAGACCAAAUAUUCCUAACCGUUGGCAGAGUUGUGAAGCCUUGCAUGUAAUGUCCAAAUUGAUGAAAGAAUGUUGGUAUCAUAAUGCAACGGCGAGACUAACGGCGCUCAGGAUCAAAAAGACACUUUCAAAUUUCAGAGCAUCUGAAGAGUUAAAGAUGUAGUAUCGUACAUUGGUUGUUAGCGCUGGGAAGAAAGUAAUUGGCGCCAUUGCAUCUUUGACUACUCGAGAGACUAUAUUCUUUUAUACUGAAGUAAUUUAAGUCUUUGUGUGCGCUAAAUAAUGUGUUUUUGUUUUAACAAUUAUCAAAUUCUGCCACAUUUUGUUGAUUCAUGAAGUUUUAUAGUGUAGAAAAUUUUCCUCGGUUAUACAUAACUGCCCUGUUCAUCCAUAAUUGUUUCUUCACUUAUGUUUGUUCACGUUUCUCAGUUAUUUAAGUUUAUACAUUAAUUCGUGAUUAGGGAUAUAUUCUCAUGACUCUCGACACCGCUAAUUUCUUUUAUAAUCCAAUUUAGGAUCAAUUUGAAAUUCGCUAAUUAUUCAUUGUUAUCAGAAUACAACUACCAAUUGAUUGGCAAUCAAAUUAUACCUAGAAACAUUCUUUUUGGCCAUUUAUUAAUUUUAAAUAUUAAAUCUGUCCAAAAUUAAUAACAUGUUCCAACUUAUUUAUGGUUUUUUUAUAUUUCAGUAAUUAUAUCUUACAAAGGAUAUGUUUGAAUCAAUACAGGAACAAAUAAUUAUUGUGAAACACUUUUGUUGUAUCUUCUAGUAGCCAGUGAUUUCAAAUUAUUUAAAUGUGGCAUUCUAACUAAAUAAUAUAAUUAAAAGAACUAUUUUUGCACAUCGGUUUUCCUAGAGUUUUAAAAGUGAUAAUCAUAAAGUCAACUUCAUUAAUAGCCCAGGGAGAAAUUAAUUUGAAUAAAAGACAAAAUAUCAAAUCAAGGUUAUAGUAAGACAUUGUUGCCAAGUUAAAACAUCAUGAAUUUCGUAUCAAGUUGAUUAAACAAUAAGAAAAUAUUGUCAAAUUGAUAUAAAAAAAUAUUAUGAAAUUUAAAUAAUGUUAAUUGAUAGUCACUGAGUUUUUUCUAAAUUUGAGGUGGUGUCGGAAUUAUGAAGAACUGAAAGAAAAUAAAUACAGAGUCGGACAUUGACAGAGGUUCAUUAUUUUACACUAUACGGGUUAUUUGUAAAAAGUUUCCAAUUUCUCAAUUUGAUUAAUGACAUGAAACACGUGGAAUUUUUGUUGAUAUUCGUACUGAACAUACUGUUUACACUACCAAUACACCAACACUCACAAUUACACUGUGUGACGCGCGUUUCUCCAACGAAGUAAAUAGUUUAUCAUUAGUCUAUGAAGACGAUAACUUGGUUAUCGAAAAGCGCAUCAGACAGUGUAAUUGUGAGUGUUGGCGUGUUCAAUACGUGCCCUACGACAUAUAUAGAACACACAAUAGAUUGAAGAAGACACAUAACUCUUUGAAUAUGUCUGUUUUCGCUACAUAUUUAUUACUUAAUAAAAUAUAUUAGAAACAAUUUUCAUCAUUGGCCGACUCUGUAUUUAAUUAUCGAAUUAAUGUUGAUGCGAGAAAAAAAUUAAUAUAGUAUGUUACCAAUUGAUAUAUAUUUUUUGGUUAGACUGAUGUAAUAGGUAUUAUGGCAUGAAAAAAAAAAUGAAUGACAUUAAUUGUACUUUUGUUUAUAAUUUAGGCAAAAAAAAUAACAACGAUGCUAAAAUUUAAUCACUUAUUUCCUUAACUAUAUAUAUUAUAUAGAAUUACUAAGUUGACAUGUUUUUUUUAAUUAUUGAGAUUGAAUUCUACCUUUAAUUGUUUUUUUUACAAAGUGGUUCACUUAAAUUUGGCGAUGGUUAGCAAAUAUCUUGGUAUUAUUUGCGUUAUUAAAUGUUUAAUUAACAGAGGGUAGUAACAGAAAUAUACGGCUUAGAGAAGCGAAGAGCAUUCAUUAAAAAACUUUUUACUACACUCCAAAAAUUCUUCGGAAGUCGAAAAGUUGAAGCACUUCACUAUUAAAUUUUAUUAUAAUAAAGGUGUGGGGACAAAAACAAAAAAUUCGUACAUAUCUAUUUGUACUUUACCCUAUGAAACACUAAAUUAUAAACAUUUUAUAUAAUUAAAUCAGCACUCAAUCGGCAGGCAUUUCUAAUUUUUCCUUUUAAAUGUUGCAUUAAAUUAUAAAAUACUUAAUCAAGAGUUUGCUCUAAAUUAUUCAUGUGUAGUUGCUUCCCAACUUUCAGAUUAUACGUUUCAUUCCAAAUUUUGCCAAAAAGGUUCCGUUGGCUUCGAUUGAAGCACAUUAGGAACACUCCUAAACUUGUCAAUAAACGGAAUAUUAAACUCUGCAUAAUGAGUAGUUGCCAUAUCUAGCCAAAAAAACAAAAUUUCCUUAAUGAACUGCAUUAAUCUAUAUCAAACACACUCUUUUCAUAUAUUUUGGCGGUUACAGAAUUUCCAGGUCAAAUGUAUACUGAAGAACGACCACGAGAAGAUAUCGCCAACGAUAACAACUCAUUCAAGUUGAUAUUUGUGUAUCUUUUGAAAUAUACUUCUUAAUCCACUUUCUGACUUCCAAGUUUUCAUUUUUGUUCCAUUAGUUGCUUCUCAGAAUAUAUGGGUACCGAUUUUCUUGAUUUUUGAACUACAUUUUGUUCCUUUAGAGAAUGAUUUUUACAUACUUCGUAUAAUUUUUUAUUUUCCUGCCCAAUAUUCGCAAACUGACUCCCAGUUUUCCGUGAGCUUUCUUCUUUUUUGUGGCAUUUUUGCUUUUCUGCUUGAAUCUAAUUUUCUUCCAAUCGAAAUACUUGUCUCAACAUGUCGACAGGUAUCUUAAUUUGUUUGUCCGACUAUUCUCACUAUUCAAAGUGAUUUUUUCUAUUAUUUCAGUGACAAUCGGAACUUAUACAGUUUUUUAAGCUAAUGGGAUCGCUUCAGAGUAUAUAAGCUCUACUAUGACGUGGUGUGGUCUUCUGCGGCGACAAAUCUUUCUAUGUCUGCUGGCCAUUUUCUUUUUAGUCUUUUACUGUCUUGUGGUUCUAUAAAUGGAUGGAGGAAAGUGUUUCCAUGGUUACCAAUGGUUCAUGAUAUUUCGUGCUUCGUUCUUUUAUGACAUCUUUGAAAAAACUGACGUUUAUUUCUUUAUGUAGGGUUAGGUUCGACAUCAGCUAUAAUGCGAAGUAUUUCGGACUGGCUUCUCUAUAUGAUGGCUACAUUUGAUUUAUUUGCACAACUCCAGAAUUCGAUCUUCGAUACCAUACAUCCAGAUAGGCUUGAUUGUAGUUUUAUCGAGUAGGAGCUUGCUUCCAAGUGUUAUUUUUUUACUAAAGUGUUAAUUCUAAUUCAAUUAUUUGUAGUCAUUCCAAUAUCUUCAUCAGGUAUUUCAUCAAAUCUUAUUUAUUGUAUUUUUCCAUUUCUUUAGUAUAUUUUUAUACGCUUAAUUUCAACGCCGUUUUGUCGAAAAACUUGUUCGUCUCAUCAAAACUCGUCUUCUUAGUGUGAAUAAUAUUGUUUUUCAAUUUUGUGCUAGACAAAAUUUGCUGCCACUUGAAAUAUGCUGUCCUAGGCUACAGCCUGCUGGUAAAACCACCACUGGUUCGAUACAAUACAUCCAGAUAGGCUUCAUUGUAGUUUUAUAGAGUAGGAGUUUGUUCUCAAGUAUUAUUUGGAUUUUCUACCAAUUAGCCAAUAUAAAUCUUUUACUUUCAGAUCUAUUUGUUUGCGUUUUUUAUUAUAUGGUCUUUCCAUGUGAGCCUUGUGUCUAGGUGUGUUCAGAAGUAUUCCGAGUUAAUAGCUUGUGGUAUUUGUACACUGUUCAUAUAAACAGAUUGUUACUGGUUUUUUUUUAGGUUUAUUUUGUAUCGUUUGUCUUGAUUUUCCAUUUGUUCAGCAACGUUUGAAUGCCACUUAAAUGUGUUUGCAGAAUCCUGCAAGUUGCAACUGGACUUUCAUUGCUUGGUGUAUCAUGCCCAUAAUGGUUCCAUUAUUUGUUGAUGUAUAUAAUAAUGGCCCCAAGACGCUCCUCUGUGAUACGCUUGCUUUAAUUGGAAGAUUAUUGAAAAUUCUUUUUUCAUUUUCAUAUAAUAAGCUAGUGUGCCAAACUUUGUCAAAUGCCUGGCUAACGUCCAAAAUCACUGAUUACAAAGUGAUUAACCAUAAACGAUCUUGAUUUUGUUCAUAAAACUUGGCAAUUAUUUUACAUCGUUCAUUUUUUUUUUAAUUUUCAUACUUGAAACUAAACUUCUAUCAGAGACGUUAUACUUAGGACAUUUGGAAUGCAAAAUUUCAUCUAGAAAUAAAUUUUAGAUACUUGAAAUGGUGAAUUUUUCCACUGAAUUUUCAUAUUCAUAUUAAUUGCCAUGUAAUGGGGUAAUUGUAUUUUAUAUUUUUAUAAAACUAGUCGACAAAUAUGUUGGAGUAUAAUAAAUUUAAAUUAUUUCUGUUGUUGGUACGGUAUUAUUUUAAGUGAAUCACACUGUAUCUUUAAUUAUGUAUUUUUUUGUAUAUAUAUAUUGUAAAUUAUUAUUAAAUAUUUAUGUUAUUUCUUUAUACACCAUUUGAUGUUCCUUUUUUUAUUGGAAAAAAGUUGAAUUCGCUCUGUUACAUUUUAGUCAGAAAUCAUUAGAAAUGUUUAUUUUAUGAUAUCCAAGAGCAAAAUAGAAACUAUGAUAAUUGAAUAUAAAAAGUGUUAAUUUUUGACCAAAAUAUUACUUCUAAAUCAAUUACUAGUUUAGAACAGUUCUCACAUCAAAGAAAACAGGAUAUAAAACAACAAAGUCUCUGGUCUAGAUUUCUUCAUACAGUGCAACCUCAAUAUAAAGUUUCCUCAAUUUAACAAAUUCUUCGUAAUCAACUUGUCCAUAAGAGGCAAUGUAAAAAAUACCUUUACAUUGGGAACAUUUUUAUCGAGCAAGCUCUUUAUAACAAAUUUUUAACUAUCAAGAAAAAGUAUAAAUACCUCUAAUUAACGAAUUUUGUGAAACCAAAACCUUUAUAAAAAAUUCCACCAAUGUUUGACUAUUAAUCUUAUAAUAUACGAUACAUGUUGAGACAGGUUUCGUAAAACAAUCAUUGUUGUUUGAUGUAAACACUACUGCUCAUCAAUAUUGUUAAAGAUUCUAGUUGAAAUGGUUCAACAAAUCUACUCCCCAUAUAAACUUAUAUUAUGAAAUCAAAUACUUUUUUUCGGUUUUUCUGUUCCGGACCAUCUAUAAACUUUUAACAGAGGUGUAAUUAUGGUAAUAAUGGGGUGGGGAAAAUGACUGGUAAUGGAUAUAUCGACCAAAAUCUCGUAGACCUCGUAGAACAUUUAAGCUGUUAAAUUAAAAAUUCUCGCAAUCGUAUAAAAUAAUUUCAACAUUUCUUUAAUAAUGUAUCAAACUUCUUAGGUGUGUGAUCUGGAUAAAAAACAAAGUCGUCGCCUAAUUCACUGAUUUUUGACAUCGAAUUUUUCAAGAUAAUUUAUGUCGAUUUCUGUCCGUUUUUAAAAAAAUUGUAACAAGUUUUCAAAAAAAAAAUCAAUUGUGGAUUGUUCUGUUCUGAACUAUAAGAGCUUCUUUUUAAAAAUCUAAUUGUAGUGAGAAUUUGUGAAACACAGUCGUACUAAAAUACCUCUAGAAUUUCUUAUUUUAUUGUUAUAAAAAAUAGUGUACUGUAAGUAUAUACUCUUUACUACCCCUACACCAACACUCAUAAUUAUAUAGUCAUACUAUCUGGUCUUCGAGUUGGUAUUAACCACUUACGGAAGUCACGAAGGACCAGUAAUUGUGUCAUAAUAAUUGUAAGUGUUGAUGUAGUCAUAGUAAACAGUGUGUUCAUUAUAAAUAUCACCAAUAGUUCCAUAAAUUCCAAUUGUAUUGUAAUGGGAAAUAUUGUAAGACAUUUAUCAAAAAUUUAAGAUUAGUUUGUGCUAAAAAUACCGUAAAAAGGAGGCAACAAAAAGUUUUAUCAACAUCUUUACAAGUUCUUUUAUAAAAAAGUAUUUCUGCACGUAUUAUGACGAACCGAAUUAAUUAAAGUGUCUCUGGUUAUUGCUCAAUAUACUUCAAAGAAAAUUUUUAGCUAGAGGCUAUUAAUCCUCCUAAAAAUUGAAUGCUUGAAGGUUUUAAAUCGAAAUAUAUACUCGAGAAAAAACAAGAGAAGAUAAAAGAAACCACCAGAAGAAAAUUUAACGAUCUAUGCACCCACUACAACAUCUAAGAGGCUACUUCAGAUAUCCGAGGUACAGAAAACAGACCAGUGGAGAAAUUAGAAAAUAAAGUACAAAGAAAAAAGUAUAGGAGAGAACAAGUAAAUUCGCUUUUUAAGAUCUUAUAAGUCUGCUCACCAUACAACGUGAACGCCAGAACCGAAGAAAAAGAAGUAAAGUUCAUGGCACUACCCUUAAAAAAAGAAGAAAAUAGGUGGACACUUCCACUAAACCCAUAGCUGUAGGAAGAAGAGCGAGCAGCAAAGAAGACUGAUAACCCCAUAGGACGAGAUAGGGGUGUGAAACUGUCCUCGAAAUGCAUCGUUAUUUGAGGCAUGCUUAUUGGAAGAGGCAAAUUAGGGACAGGUGUGUGUCGGAUAACCGUAAACUAUAUACUGAGGGGUCUUAAUGUUGAGAACACAUAAAGUGUUUACUGCAACAAAAAUAGAGAAGAGAAGAAGAAAGAAAUUAUUGAAGGGAAAAAAAAUGACUUCAAAAGUAAAUGGCAGACAAUUAUGGUAGAAGAGGGAUAGAUUGUUUAAUUAUAAUGUAAUCAGUUAUAUCUAUAAAAAACUCUAGUUUCAAAUUAUUUAAAAAGGGUUACAGUUGGAAAUAUUGUCAAUAAUGAUAUCUUACAAUAUUUCCCCUACGAACUUAUAUGCUAAUGUAUUUUUUAUGUAUUUCAUAUUGUAUAUAGGGGGUUUCGAAAAUCGGAUACAUAUAUUUCAAGAAAUUCAUCACACUCAUUUGAUUCUUACAAAAUGUGCCUAUCAUCAAAUACAGUUUACUUGACAUAAAAAUUUUAAAACUAACUUACUGAAAAAAUUAUUUUACUAUUAUUUUAUAAACUUGCCAGAAAUACCUCAAUAUAUUAUAUUAUAUAAGAUUUUUUUUUGUUUAUAAUUAAUUUAUUGACGAUAGACAGUUGACGUUUGUUAUUAAAAAAUUUCACUUUCCAUAAAAGCACUUUUUUCAUAACAAAAGUACUAUUUGGAAGAAAAAUUUUAUAAAUUCCUAACGUAGUUUUUUUUGUGUGAUAUAAGCUUCCCUCUGAAUCAUCCCUAACAAAAUCAGUUGUAAGUAGAUUAGUCAGAAAAAAAAAAUCCAAAAACAGAUGUCUUCUUCUUAAUGGUACGUUAGGACUUAGUCCUGUGUUUGUAUCUAUGAUUGCCUAGCUGCAGUUGAGAUGAAGACCAGCUUUCAUACCAUCUUGUAGGUGGUCGGGAUGUAUUCUUUCUUUGCAAUCUUUGCCAACCUGUCAUCUGACAUUCUGUCCACGUGGUCUUCCCAUUCCCUUCGCCGAUUUCUCGCCCAUCUCAAUACAUCCUGGAUGUCAUAUAUAUAGCUUAUUUCAUCAUUUCUCUUGUGGUCAAAUAAUGUGUGUCCCACUAUUAUAUAUAAGUAUUUUCAAUAAAAUACUUGACACCAAGUGUAUAACAUCAGAACGGAAAGAAAGUAUUUUGAUUCCAAUUUUCAAAAAAGGUGAAAAGAACGAUCCACAAAAUUAUCGAGGUAUUAGCUUGAUGAGUGCAGUACGGAUAACUAUGUUUCUUUAAUAAAUGGUGUGUUCAUAAAGUACUUCGAAGUAUUGACUGUUAUAACUUCGAGAACUACGAAAAAACCCAAGAAUUUAGUUCCAUCGUACUAAAAACGUACCAUUUCUUAACAUAUUUUCCAUGAUUUGAAAUACAACGAAAUUAUUUUUUUUACUUUAUAUACAAGGUGGCGUAAAAAGAACGCAUGAAUUUCAAACUAGUAUAAUUUGCUUUAUUUUGAUUAUAUACAAAAUGGGCUCACAUGAAUACAAUGUUUAGAUUAUCCAAUUUAUGACUUUGUUCAUUGGAAUAUCGAUAUGUACUGUUCGUAGUGAACUAAUUACUUUUAGAAGAUUAAUUACAAAAUAUUCUAAUGAGAAAAGUGUAUAUUCGUGACUGUUUCUUCAGCGGAAGAACUUAAUUACAAAAACUAAGUCAACGUGUUGGUCGGUAUGUUUCAGCCAAUAUAGUGAUGAUGAAUGAUGUAAUUUUAUUGAAACUGAAAUACAGAGUAAUUGCAAGGCAAAUGUACGUGAUGAUGAAUGUUGUCGUUCAAUUGAAACUGAAAUACAAAGUAAUUGCAAGGCAAAUGUACGUGAAUCUUAAUCGAUGUAAUAAUUUUAUUGAAUGAUAGCUUGGAAAAAGAAUAACUGGAAACAAUCAAUUUUAGAGGGAUGACACAAUAAAAUUCAAUUUUAUAACUUUUGUCAUCCUUUGAAGUUUAGAAAAAAAACUUAUUUUGACCUUGUUAUUUAUUGGCUUCACUAUUCGAAGUCUUUAAUUUAAAGUAGUUCUCCAUUUGAUAUCACUUCUUAUAAAUCUAUGAUCAAUAAGAUAAAAUUUCUUUUUGGUACCAUCUGUUACUUUUAUACUAUUACUCAUCAAAACUUGGGUUUUCCGCCAGGAUUUUUUGUAAUAGUUAACCUGAUGGAAAAUUUGAUUAAUUUUAAUUUUUUAAAGUAACACCAACGCUGAAUAGCAAAAGGCAAACAUUAUAUAUAAUAAUACAAACUUCACCUUCUUCUUAUUUAUUAUCCAAUUUAAAUUAUUUUAAUUAAAGAUACCGUAUAGGGAAAUGUACAACGUGUUUCUGCCAAUAAUAACAGAACUUUGAAUUUUGGUAAGUGAAAAAAAUGAAUAACCAUUUGAUAAACAAAUAAUUUUAUCUUUUAAACUUUUAAUUAUUGAAUUUGAUGUGGGACUAUUUCAAAAUCAUUGUAAUGAAUGUUGAAAUUAGGCACAAACGAAUUCUGAAAAGAAUGCACAUGGACAUAUUAGAUAAUAACUUUGAAACUAAUAAAACAAAAACUUUCAGCCAAAAUUAAAAUGCUCUUCUUUGUUAAUAAUACUUUCAUUAAGUUGAAAUUUCUGGAACCGUUGGCGAUAUUCAUACUGAAUACACUGUUUACACCAACACUGUCUGACUCGCGUGUCGAUAACCAAGUUAUCAUCUUCACAGACUAAAAAAGUUCAGUUUACCUUCAUUGUCUGAAGACGAUAACUUGGUUAUCGAAACGCGCGUCAGACAAUGUAAUCGUGAGUGUUGGUGUAGUGGUGGUGUAAAAAGUGUAUUCAGAAUGAUACAUUCAACGAGAAAUUUGAGAUUGAUACGUUGCUCCUGUUUUUCGUCACAUAUGGUUUUCGGCACCAGAAAAAAACACGUUCGUUCAAAAUCGCUACUGCACAAAUAUAUAAUUGUGAUGGAAACGUGUUUUGGGACGUGCAUAUCAUGUUGGAGCUUUUGUGAUCGAUUCUUCUACAUUGUGUCCAUUUGGCACUAAGUGCUUUUGGAUAUUUUCUAUUCUUUUCUAAAAUUCUGUCUUCUAUUGCUUGAAAGUAUAGUAAAAUGUAACUUUACAUGGAGAAAUGUACUUGUAGCAUAUUUAACUCAAUUUGUCAUCCAUCAGAAAAUGUCCCAAACUUUUGAUUUAAAAAAGAGUAAUACAAUUACUAGAAUUUCCAGGUGCUGAUUGAAUUUACUUCAAAUAUUUACUUUUUAUUUUCCCAAUAAGGUAUUCAUAAUUGCAUUGUUAUUUAUGUUUCUGUACUCGCUCAAAAACUUCAAAAAUAUAUAAAAGACCGCUUGACAUGAUGCAAUGCAAUGCAAGACACAAUAUUUCUUGAUAAAAAACAUGCGAGGUCGUGACAUUAUCGGUUUUGUGUCAUUUUUAUUGCGUACAAGUUGCAAUCUAGUUUUGGCUUAAUAGAUCAGCUGAUUGUCGUAAAACUUAUCAUUGUUAUUUAAGGUAUAAAGGCGGCUUGACAUAAUGCAAUGCAACGUGCAAGAAAUUUCAUGCAAGUCUCCGUAAACAGUAAAACUAAACAAAUUCCUAACCUCAAAUUUUAUCUAAUAUUUUGUACAUAGUUUAACAAUGAAAAUAACGAAGCUAAGUUUUACGAAAAUCAGCUGAUCUAUUAAGCCAAAACUAGAUUGCAACUUGUAGGCAAUAAAAAUGACACAAAACUGAUAAUGUCAAGAUCUUGCAAAUGAACUUCAUCUGUGCAUGCUUUUGAUUGCGUCUUGCAAUUGCAUUGCACGUUACUUGCAUCAUGUCAAGCGGCCUUAAAUUCCUGCAAUUCCAAUUAGAAAUCAUCUUGGUAAACAAACUCUUGAAAGAUCUAAAAGGUAUUAAAUAGAUUUCAAUUACUGUAUCACAAAAGCAAUGAUGAUAAUUUAUAAAAAGAGAAAGGUGAAUAAACAAAAUUUUCAAAAUUGAAAAAUCCAGUAAGAAAAUUUGAUUAUUAUUGAGAGAUUUUAUUACCUCUUACGAUUAAUACAAAUGCUAUCAGGGAUAGGUAACAAAUAACAAAAUUAAGAAAGACGGAAUUUACUAAAAGACAAAAAGUGCAAAAAAUUUUUAGAAUAAAUAAUUUCUAUAUUUGGGUAUCUUAUUUAUCUAUAUUAGGUACUAUCUGAUUUAAAAGUAUAUCAGUAUGUCUUCAGUCUUUCAAUAACAAUUCGUUUGUUACUAAUUUAUAUUUGUCACGAAGCCAUUAUUUACAGUAUAAUAAAAAUAUAUGUAUUUUCAAAAUGUUUCAGUAAUUAUGACAGAAUUUGUUAUAGAGACCUCCAUAUUAUUGUUGAUAUGUAAAUAAAAAUUUAACCAUUCACCCAGUGGCGGAUUUACAGAAUUGUCGCCUGUAGGAUAUUCAUCUUUUGCUUCUGAAAUUCUUUAUCGUAUUUCGCAAUUAGAGGUAAUAAAGGGUGUUCCGGGAAUGAUCCAAAAAAUUCGGACCUGUGAGUAGAUGACGUGAAAAUAUUGCUGUGACAUUAAAAAAUUUUCCCAUACGAGUUAUAGGACUAGAUUCGAACAUUAUGAAUUUUUAAUGGAUGAUUACGUAUAUCAAUAAUAAUAAAUAAUUCUACACUACUAUCUGAAGGCCAAGGGCUGUUCAUGCCCAAUAGUUAACAAUCUGUAACUUUUACAGGGACAACCGGUACAAUCUAAAGACAAUUAAUUUGCAAUAAAAUGGUACCUUUGUUUAACUCGAUUAAAUUUAUGUUUUACGAGAUAUGUAGAUUUUUAAAUUGUUGUACAAGGAAACCGUUCACCAUAAAGGAACAUUCUGAAGAAAAUUAUCAUAAAUUGUAAUUAUUUAUUGAAAAUACUUACAGCAGGUAUUAAAAUUUAAUUGGUUAGACUACAACUUAUCAAAUAAAAACAAAAAGAAACUAUAAUAAAUGUUGGAAGUGCACU